AUGCAUUGCGUAGCUGUCUUCCUCUCCACUGUAGCAGUAUUGGCCCACGGCCAAGUACAGAACUCUGGCUAUGAGAACGCCGAGCAAGUUCAGCCUGCUCCAGCCCCAAUCAGCGCCAGCGGUGGAGAUCAGCAAGCCUACAACUCUGACGCUGCAGCCCCAGUAGCUCCCGCUUCUCCUCCUCCACCUCCCCCACCACCACCGCCAUCACCGCCUGCACCUGUUCGAGGCAGCUACGCAUCUCCACCUCCAGCCUCAUCCCCUCCUGUGCAAGGCAGUUACGGAACUUCCCCAACCCCAUCUUCAUACGCAACACUUGUCCCCGGCAGCACUUAUGGACCCAGCAGCAAUGCUCCAGUAAUGCCUGACAACGGCAUGGAAUAUAGACAUCGCCGUGUUUUCCGUCAUCGAUCUCGCAAAGCUCGCCUCUAA